GAGGAGGAUGGGGAGAGUGGGUGUGUGUUGAGGAAGAUGGGAGAAUUUAAUAUUUUGGAUGGAAAGGAGGAUAUUGUGGUUGAAUGUGAAUAAGAAGGCGGGAAAGUUUUGGAGAAGUGAGAGGAAAGGAGGAGUGGAGUGGCUCUUAUUCAAGCCACAUUAUCCCCAUGUCUGUGUUUGAUGUGAGCAUGAAGGCUUACAUGGCUGAUUCCAUCACGCCUUCCACUGCCCCAGCAGGAUCCCUCCUAAUGCAUUGAGCCCCGAUGAUCCACCUUGAACUGGUGAAAUUCCCAUAACCUUAAACCAGCCCCUCGCUCAACAUGGAGGUGAUCACACACUUCCAGUAAUCUUUCCUGAAAUGGAGCGAAGCUUAGACGGACACAGAGUGAAACAUCAAAGUGAAGCAAAAUUAGGCCACAACAUAUAGAGCAAGUUGUACAGAUUCAUAGAACCAGGACAACGGACUGAUUAUUUGUUUAUUUGUUACAUAUUUGUCUCAUACAAAUAAUCAAACCAAUUUUAUUGGAAUAUUUCAAUAAAAGCCAAAAAUAACCUGUCAACAUCACUGGAGGAAAAAUACCGGAAUCACCAGCCAUUGUGAUUCCUCCUCUUGUUGUAUUAGUUUUUUCUCCUCGUCUUUCUCGUUGCGUCCAUCUAUUCUUUAAUCUUUUUGUUACUAGUUUCUGUAGUUUCUUUUCUUUAAUCCUGGUUACUUGGUUACUUUCUAUCCAUAUGUUGAAUUUAUUUAAGGCCACUUAUCACCUCUACCUUCUUUGUAGGAUUUCAGUCUUCUCUGCACACAUUUAAGCUUUCAGGGUGUUUGAGGCCAAGCAGCUAUUAAAAUGUGAUUAAUGGCAGAGGUGCUCCAGCAACCAGACACAGUCUUAUCUCUCCAAGACACACAGCUUGGCCACCGUGGAACCUUAUCUACACCGUGCAACCCUCAUGCCCGACGGACAUACACACCAACAGACCUGCUGCAUGGUGCAGAAAGACAGACACACAAACUGAGAAGAUAAGGAGAGCAGAAGGAGGAGAGAGUCAGAGGAAGAGGAAAUCAUUUAGGUAGAAAUGCACCAAACUGAAGCAGGAAUUGCUCAUCAAACAAUAAACAAUGUAGAACACACUCAGCCAAAAACAGCCUUUACUGAGAUCCAAACCUCAAAAGGACUCGGACUUCACGGUCCAAAAAUGUGUCCUGUCCCUUUAAGAGACUCAGGAAGAAACUGAAGCCAAGUCGCGUCCGGAGCGCCGCCUUUUCCUCUUCAGAUCAACACAAAUGGCCUCCAGUCUGUUAUCUGAGGAGCAGCUUCUUUGUCCCAUCUGCCUUGAUGUGUUCACUCGCCCGGUCUCCACGCCGUGCGGACACAACUUCUGCAUGUCCUGCAUCACGUGCUACUGGGACGACAUACCAGUCAGCCAGUGUCCUGUCUGCAAGGAAACUUUUGAAAGCAGGCCGGACCUCAAAGUCAACACUUUUAUCUCCCAGCUGGCGUCGCAGUUCAUGUCUCUUCAAGUGAGGGACGCUCUCGCCCGGAGUCCCCAGGCCGUCUGCGGCGGCGCGGUGCCGUGUGACGUCUGCACGGACGCCCAGCGGGAGGCGGUCCGAUCCUGUCUGGAGUGUCUGACUUCCUACUGCGACCUCCAUCUGGAGCCUCAUCACCGAGUCGUGGGCCUGAAGAGACACACCCUAGUCGAACCCCUGGCGAGCCUGGAGGACAAGAUCUGCAAGGACCACAGCCGACUCGUGACGUUGUUCUGCAGGAACGACGGGGCUUUGUUCUGCGACGUCUGCCCUGUUUCGCACCACGUGAACCACGACAUGGUUCCAGUGCGGCAAGAGCACCAACGCAUCAAGGCUCUGCUGGGGGACACGGAGGCCAAAGUGCAGCAGAUGAUCCAGGAGAGGCUGCAGAAGGUCCGAGACGCAAAGGCGGCGGUGGAACAAGGCAAGACAGAAACCGAUGAUGCGAUAGAGAACAGCGUGCGCGACUUGACGGCGCUGGUCUCUGAGAUCCACAAGAGCCAGACGGAGUUUGCGAAGGUAAUCGAGGAGAAGCAAAGGGCGGCGGAAGAACACGCCGCUGGGUUAAUCGGCGGUAUGGAGAGGGAGAUCACUGAGCUGCAGAGCGCAAUGAUGAAGCUGAGGGACCUGAAAAAGACCGAAGACACACUAUCUUUCCUCCAGGGCUCCCUGAACCCAUUCGUCCUUCCGCACACAAUGGACGUGUCCGCCAUCGCCUUUAGUGGACCGGUGGAGAUCCGCCGCGUGCAAAGUUCUUUUAGCAAAUCGGUCGCUCAACUACAAAUGACGCUGGUUCAAAUGAGCACAGAAAUGAAACGAGCGUCCGAGGGCAGCGGCGUGGUCGACGUCGCCCAGCUGAGAUACGUGCAGCAGUACGAAGUGGACGUUGUGCUCGAUCCGGACACCGCUCACCCGCUGCUCAUCUUAUCCGCGGACGGGAAACAGGUGAGGUACGAGACGGGCGCCGCUCCGUUUCCAAACCCUCAACCCGGUAGGUUUACGGAACAUCUCGCCGUUCUGGGAAAGAGAGGCUUCUCGUCGCGCAGGUUUUACUUCGAGGUCUUCGUGGGCGGAAAAGUCGAAUGGUGCGUGGGCGUGGCCGCGGCGUCGGUCAAGAGGUGGGCGCUCGUCCCGGGUCCUUGCUGUGGCCUCUGGGCAAUCUCCUUCUUCAAUGAGAAGUUUGAAACCUUCAAUUCUCCAAAUGUGGCGGUACACUUUGGGAAAGUGGAGCGGGUCGGCGUGUUUGUGGAUUAUGACGCGGGGCGAAUCUGCUUCUACGACGUGCAGACAGCGACGCUCAUUCACUCGUUUACUGAGUGUCUCUUUAGCGAAGAACUGCAUCCAUACUUAAAUCCUUGUGACAAUGAAUAUGGCCCAAACUUUGGGCCCAUAGUAGUUCUUCCUGUAGAUCAUACCGCCUAAUUUGUGGGAUAUUUACUGAAAAUACAACUGUUUAUUGUUUCAUAAACUGGUUUAUGUAUAUUUACAAAAAAAAGGUUCAUGGGAGGGUAUGGGAAUAAUUUAAGGAGACGUCUUGCUUUCCUAUUUUCUGUCUCUAUUGUCUUUCAUUGCCUGAGAUCUAAGACAAGACUUUAUAUAGAAAAAUAAACACAUUACUCUUAAUGGGGGGAAUAGAGGGUGUAAGAAAACAGAAGAGUGAACUUAAUAGAUGGUUAAAAGCACCUGUUUUGUCCAAUGAGUAGCCUAAAAUCAUUUAAUAACACAGAGGCAGAUCCUUUUAAGAUUUGAGCACCUGCAGCUUGCUUGAAAAGUGAAACAAUCAAUAGCGUUAAUAUUUCCGUCUAUAAUUUCAUGAAGUAGUAUUGAAGUGUUUUUGGCUCCAACAUUCAGUCACUUAAGUUGGUGGCAUUAAAGGCCACACAGUUGCUCAUAACAGGUCUUUCUCACUCAUAUAUGUCACUGUAUAAACGUAUUCAUAAUACUUCAAAAUAACUUCAUUUAGCUCUUUAAGUUUCAGAGUGCUACUUGAACCCAAUUAUUCAGUCUGGCCAAUGGGUAAAUUGAAGGAGCGGGGGUCUAGUGGGAGGCUGAAUACGCUCGAUAUCCAAUAUGAAGGCAUCCCUACUUGGAAGAUCCUAGAGAACAAUGUCUUCUUGUGAGCGGUCAUACGGGUUCUUGUGUGAAGUUUAUGUUACGUUGAUAAAAUUACAAACUAUUUUUAAAGCUCUGUAAUGGUAAUACAACUUGUUUUGCUAAUAAAGUAAAAAAGUAUUGCAUAACUUUAUUUUUAGUUAUUUGUGUUUCAUUGUUUGGGGGAUGGGGUGUUUAAGGCAGAAACUAAAAGAAAUCUACCAUAAAACAACAAUGAUUAAUGAUUCAUUUAAGGGCAGGAUGUUAUCAGGGCUUUAGCGGAGCGUUAAGUUUAAAGUUGUACAAAUUCACCAACCUGCAACUAAAUUCAAACAAUGUUCCCACUGGUAAAUAUGAGUAAACAUGACACGUCUAUAAGGGUCCAGUGUUUAUAGCUCACAACAGUUUUGACUCGUCAAAGCACAAACAAAUGUAAAAACAGCAGAAUUCUACUCGGUUUCAGGCCUCAUGGCACUCAAUGGGAUACUCGAUUUGAUCUUUAUGAUCAAAAGUUCUUGUGUCACUUGUUAAAACAUUUAACUAUUUCAUCUAGUGAUGAUAACAACACUUAAAUUGUCAGCUUGAUCAAAUGAUAUUAAAAUAAAACCAUUUUGUUCAUCUUUACGUAGAGGAAUGUAUUUGAAAAUGUCUUUGUUUGGAUAUUAUCACCGUGCUCUUAACUACUUCCACCUCCUCCCUCGACAUGUUUGUCUCAUUCAUGUUUCUUUUAUUCAUCUCAACACCCGCGGCUCCAGAAGCACACAAACUCCUUAUUGCCACGACAACAGUGCUCUGCCCAUCGCCAUGGGAACACUCAGUCUCCCUGCUACCCAUAAUCCAUUUCCCAGGCACAAUGAGCAUUUGACACGGUUCACACAUUGCUUGCUGUAUGGGGGGUGGGCGAUGUGUGUGUGUGUGUGUGUGUGUGUGAUUUGCAGAAUAUUUGUACCAGCAAUCCAGGUGCUUUUUUUACCCUUGAGGUGGUUUACACUUGAACUAGCAGGUUCAGCAGGUGAGACGUGUUUUCAGAAUGUGUGCACGGCUGUAAAAGCACAGAUAUCUCUUUGAUGGAAAUAAGCCAGAGAAAGGAGGCGCUCCUCGCCCCACCCCCCAACAUGGCCUCCCUUCACGCCUCUCACGGAUGGAGGCAGAGAAAAGAGGGGAAUUAAACGCAGAGGGGUGCAGGCCGUAGGGAGGAGGAGACGAAGCAGCGAGUGAGGGAGUAGGGCUGAGAGUUAGGGGAUGAAAACAGCGCCAACUGAAGGGUUUUAACGAGUGUCUGAGUCAGAAUGUGAGUAAACUGCAGUAAAAAAACAAAGAACGAGGCGAGGCCGGAUGGAGGGACGCUUGAUUUGAGUACAGACAGGAUGAGAGUGUCC